AUGCGUAUCUCGUCUUCUCCCGAGCCCACCACCACGGAUACUUGCGGCAACGCUACAAUGCGUGGAGCCACCGCAGAUGACCCUUCUCGGUUCAACAAUGACAACGCCGUCGAGGAGCCCCUCCUCCAAUUCGGUGGCCUUUCUCUGGACGACAGCAACGCGUCCGAGGAGGAUCUCACUACCCAGGCUCCACCUACGUCCCCGCCUGCCAUCACGUUCACCGUGAACAUCCAUAUGGGCGGCGUCGUCAAUGUGAACGCUAGCGUUGGUAGAGCCGAAGGACACGCCCUCGUGGAAUCUUCCGUGGGAGGUCGUGGACGCCGCGUUGCCCGUGCGCCGCUUCCUGCAACCCGGGACGUUAAGAUGUCGGUCCACGUCUUUCCUACUGGGGACACGCGCCCGGUCGUGAGCGCAUCCAACUGCCUCUCUCUGUCAGGGUCGCCCGUCCGCCGCUCCACCGCGUUCCCCACCGACGACGGACGCAGCGUGGGCUCUGUCUCACGCUCCUCCUCCAUCGCUUCCGCCCGCCGUGGAGGACGCGCACCGCCCUCGACCCCCACCCGCGGGGAGAAUCUUGUCUCGGCCGUUGGCAUCUCCUCGGGGCUGUCUCGCGGCACCAGUCCUUUUGUGGAUGUCAGAGCGUUCCCAUGGCAGACGAAUGGCGACGCGUUCACCCAGGCCAACGUCGGCGCGUUCGACCAGGUUAACGCCUCAAUGAUCACCCACGCCGACGUUGGCGCAUUCCCGCAGGCCAGCACGGCCAGCACCCGUGCCAUCAUCAAGGACGAGGAGGACGCCCCCGACCUCCAUGAAGACAUUGCGGCCCCCGACGCUGACCACGACGCCGCGCGCGACUGCCGCUGGUACGUCGUCACCUCGGGCCGUCGUGUCGGGAUUUACAAGUCGUGGGAGGAGGCAAAGGUGCUGGUAACGGGUGUACGCUCUAACUGUCACAAGUCGUACGCCAAGCGCGAGGACGCCGUGAGGAACUACUACGCUGCCAAGGACAGGAACGAGGUCGUUGUUCGUGUCUAG